AUUUGGGAAGGAUUGUAGUGAGUCAGUGUGGGAUCUGUUUGAGGUGGAUGAGAUCUGCAGCUGUUCUGUUUAUCCGACCCCAUCAGCUCUAUUCAUGUUUCUAUCGGUGGAGGUCGCCAGGCGUACUCAAUAGACAGAUGGAGCGCACGCUGAACGUGUGAGAGAGAGAGAGAGAGCGAGAGAGAGAGUGAGUGAGGCAGAGAGAGCGAGUGUGUGAGUGUUCAGUCCGCUGUGGAUGGGGAUCAGCAGAGAGAAGCGAGGCUCCCACCCGACUCAACUCACUCUUCGUACCGCGCGCUGCAAAAAUGGCGGCCGCUUCUUCCAUGCAGCCGCCCACAGCGCCCGCCGUAGAGCGCCCGAAUUCCCCCGGGCAGGACUCGGAGAGCCCCGAGAGCCGGCCGGAGGAGGACGGGGCUUCUGAGGACACCAUCCUCCGGGACAUGGCCGAGCUGGAGCCGGAGGAGAUUGAAAGGAGGCUGGAGAAAACUCGGAGAGAACUGAGCAACAGGAGAAAGAUUGUCAUCAAGAACCUGCCGCAGGACGCCACUAACCAGGAAGUGCAUGAUAUUCUCCGCGAGUACGAGCUCAAGUACUGCUUUGUGGACCGGAACAAAGGCACAGCUUUUGUAACACUCCUAAAUGGCGACCAGGCGCAGGACGCCAUCCGUUCACUGCACCAGACGUCGGUGCGUGGUCGUGACAUCAGCGUCCAGCUGCAGCCCACCGACUCGCUGCUGUGCGUCACCAACCUGCCUCACACGUUCACGGGCACACAGUUCCAGGAACUGGUGCGCUCCUACGGCAACAUCGAGCGCUGCUUCCUCGUCUACAGCGAGCUAACGGGCCACUCCAAGGGCUACGGCUUUGUGGAGUACAUGAAGAAGGACUCGGCCUCCAGGGCUCGCUUGGAGCUGCUGGGUAAAGUGCAGGGCGACCGCUUGCUUAUGGUGCAGUGGAGUGACGUCAACCAGCUCAGCACGGCCCAGCACAUCCACUCCAAAUGCCUGUGCGUGGAGCGGCUGCCCGUGGACUUUGACAGCUCUGAAGAGCUAACGCACAUCUUUUCUGAGCACUACAAACCCGUCUUCUGCCAGCUGGCGCAGGACGAGGGCAGUGCCGUGCGUGGUUUUGCCGUGGUGGAGUACGAGACCGCAGAGCAGGCUGAGGCCGUGCUGCUGGAGAUGGACCGACACCUGAUCCAGGGUCAGGAGAUCCGCCUGUCACUGUGCAGCCCGGGAACAUCUGGCCGCAGCACACUCGCUGCCCUCAUCGCUGCUCAGGGAGUGAUGCUGAGCAAUAAAAAGGGUUUAUUGCCCGAGCCCAAUUUGGCCCAGCUCCUGAACAGCAUGACCAAUCCAGCUGCUCUUCAGGUUCUUAUGAGACCAUACCACACAGGCAAGCGUGGAGGGAAGUUUCGUCCUCACGGUGUUCCUUUUCUCCGACCGCCGCUGACAGCCGCGCUGCUCCAGCUAGGAAAAGCACAGCAGAACGCCAUGCUGGGGAACGGGCUCGUUCUGCAGAACCUUCUCCACAUGCACAUGGCACAGCAGCAGCUCCUGCACAUCAAGGACAAGCACGCCACUAAUGUGAGGAUUCCCAGUCUUUUAGGUGACCCUUCCCGUUUACUUCUCCAUAAAGUCUUGGCUCUGCGAGCUGCAGCCCCGGUGCCAGUGGUGAAGGGCCUGAUUGGCGAUUCCCCCAGUGACUCGACUCGGGAGGCUGGAGGGUCCGGAGCAGGCCGCGCUCACAUGAGCCCUGGGGAUCAAAACGGUGUGUCAGCUCCAGACAAACAGCCAGCAGUGUUGACUCACUCCCACAGCCAGACACAUUGCUUCAGUUCUGGGUCAAGUAGAGCGGCACUGAGCGCCAAAGCCCUGGUUAAUCACAACAGCACUGCAUCAGAGACCUGCAUGCUUACAACACAAAGCACCUGCCAGAUGUCUCUGCUGGGAGAGCCACCUAAAGAGGUGAAACUGCCCUCCAACCCUUACCUAAACAUGGCCAGUGUCUUACCUGGAGUGGUGCUGCAAGCUCCCUGUAGCAGCAGCAGCAGUAAAGGCCAGGCGGUCAGUGGGACCUAUAGCUCGGUUCUGCCUCCUGCUUCUCUCCCAACCACCCAGUACAGCACUGAGUGCAAUGCCUCAGAAUACACGAACCAGUACACUCAGCAAUACUCACAGGAGGCCAUGCAGCAGUGGUACCAACAUUAUCAGGCACAGGGCUACAGUAACACUAACCAGGAGAGUACUACAGCCACAGAGUACAGCAAGGAGCAAGCUCAGGCUGUGGUCACGUCUUCAUAUGGAGACUACUCUUCUUACAUGCAGGCCGUAACUCAGUACUAUUCUCAGACUCAGAUAAGCCAAGCUGCUGCACCUGGGUACCAGCAGAGAGACCUCAGCAAGGAGCUGGAGGUCGUAAAGCCACCCAUGGUCUCUCCUCUGUCUCUGAAUGGUGCUGCCCCGCCCAUGCUGCCUGCCUACAGUGCCCUGCCAAUCAU